AUGUCCGGUGAGAGAAACCGCAGGUCGCUGGCUUUCCGAGGAGGUGGAUUAGCUGGGUUAUCGGGUUCCAGUGGUAUCGUUGGGGGGAACUGUAACAGCUGGGAGGCCCCGGCCUGUCAAGACCGACAUUUUAACGGGAACAGGCCGGAUCAAGAGGAGGACGGGGAUCUGGGAGCUAAAGGAUCAUCGCAGAAGAGAGUGGAGAGCGCUGGGUCUGUCAGCGAUAGCACGGAACCCGAGGCGGAGGAAGAAGAGGACCCGGAAGAGGGCAGCUGGGCAGCUGGCGACGGCGACGAUGGUGUCGGCUCGGUGGAAGGGGAGGACGGGUCCAGGGAGGGGAAUAGCUUGACAGAGGGGAACGGUCCCAGCAACGCUGUCUGCCGGGAGACGGGAAGCGGUUCGACUGGGGGCGAGACUGGAUCCAGGAAAUCUGGAGUAGUGAUGAGACCGCAGACGUUGCUUCAGAAACACUCAUUAUUCCAUGCUUCGUGGUUGCAAGAAUUUCCAUGGCUAAAAUUUUGCCAGGAGACGGGACUUAUGUCCUGUUCUUGGUGUCACAACAUUGCCACUAAAAACAGCGACGAGCUUGUCAAAGGCAGUCGCAGCUACAAACGGGCCUUACUGCUGAGACAUCACCUGUCUUCUGAGCACGGGAGAAAUGACCCCACCAAACAGGAAACAAUGAGGCCCUCAGAAAACACCAGCCCCUCCACUAACUGCUCAGAGGAAGACUACCGCAACAAGCCCAAUGAGAACUCCUACUGUUACCAGCUUCUCCAGGAGCUGGACAAGCAACGCAAAAGUGGCAUCCUCUGUGACGUCAACAUAGUCGUCUCGGGCCAGGUGUUUCGUGCACACAAGAACAUCCUGGUGGCGGGCAGCCGCUAUUUCAAAACCCUCUACUGUCUGAGUAAGAGUGAGGACCAGGACCAGGCCACGGUCACACACCUGGAUGUUGCUGCUGUGCAGGGUGUCUCUGUUAUCCUCGACUUUCUCUACUCUGGGAAUCUGCUGCUCACAAGCCAAAAUGCCAUUGAGGUGAUGUCUGUCGCUAGUUACCUCCAGAUGACAGAGGUUGUACAUUCAUGUAGGGCUUUUAUAAAGGAUGCCCUGAAUAUCAGCAUCAAGCAGGAGGCUCCGGAUUCAGUGGUGGUGGACUACAACAAGAGGCAGACGUUGUCCAAAGAAGGGUCGAGGGGGCUGGAUCGCAAGCCAAGCAACUUCUGGGCCACGAGCAUCCUGUCAAAGCUGUCGAUCAAGGCCAGCAACAAUCAAGGAAAGGAAGCAGUGGAGGAAGAAGACGAAGGGGCCAGGGUGAAGGAGGAGACCAGCGAUAUAGAGGUGACAGUGGUUGGGGGUGCGGGCUGUGCCCUGGUGACCCCAGGAGCCUCUGGUAACUGGACCCACCACCACGACAACUCGUCUGAUUCAGCAGAGACCAAUGAAACACGGUCGGCGAGUGGCCAGAUGCAGGUAUUCGUCUGGAACGAGCCAGCCACAGGUGGCGCUGCAGCAGCACCUGCAGCAAUAAAGCAAGAAGCACGGGAUGCUGCGGCAGGAAGCGGCCGGAGGAAAAAACAGACCACCACACGCCGUUUUGUGUACAACUUUCCACCAGAGCCUGAAGAGGGAUUUGACGAGGGGAUGUUCAUCCAGCCCUCGGCCUCCUACCCCAGAGAGGACUUCUCCUCCCUCUCCGAAAAUGCUGAGCUGGCCAAUCAGAUCCAGUAUAGCAUCAUCCAGGACUUACAACAAGGGGAGUCCUGGGAGAAUGGCGAGUCCUCACACCUAGCCAUCAAUAAGCUCAAGUGCCCCCACUGUAACUACAUCGCCAAGCACCGGCGCACGCUCAAGAGGCACCUGAUCAUCCACUCGGGCGUACGCUCCUUCAGCUGCGACAUCUGUGGCAAGCUGUUCACGCGUCGCGAGCACGUAAAGAGACAUUCCCUGGUGCACAAGAAGGACAAAAAAUAUAAGUGCAUGGUAUGCAAGAAGAUCUUCAUGCUUGCAGCCAGCGUUGGUAUCCGUCACGGCUCGCGGCGCUACGGUGUGUGUGCGGACUGCGCUGACUCUCACCAGGCCACUCAGGAGGGCCUGGAGGGCAUGGAGUUUCCUCGCGACGAAGAUUUUGAAGGCGAAGAAGGGGAGGACCUGGAGGGGGAGGAGCCUAAUGACAACGACCAAUCAAAUUGGGGUGAGGGCAACACUGGUGCUGCCCCGGAAGAGGACUAAGAAUUCUAACAAGCUUGAGAAACAAAACAAAAAAAGUUGAUGUUUAAUAUAUAUGUAUACAAAAACUAGCUGGUAAACAAUCAACUCCAAAGUGCUAUCAAACCUUGAGGUUACUUAAUUGUGCAAGUAUAUGACAAAGAGGUGGAUUAAAAGAAAAAAGCUUUCGUAGAGUGGAAACUCCAAGAUGUACAGAUUUUAUUAUUGUUAAAAUGUGUCCAACUCUGGGCCAAGAGCCCACAAGAGAAAGAUUCUAUCGUCGAAUAAUAUGAAAAAUCAGGUUUUUGGUGAUGUAUUUUUAUUUCCUGUUUUUCGGGGUAGAGUUGGGCAGGGUGAUGAUAUAGUAGAGUUGGGGUAGGCCAAUCAACUAAAAAAGCGAAAUGUUAAUUAUUUAAUUUAUGAAGAGAGGUUAUUAUGGUCUUAUCAAUAAUUUUUUUUAUUUCUGUUUUUGUCUGCAAGCAGAGGCACAGUAAUGGCUGUUGCUUUCUGCACAAUCUGAAAGUAUGUUGCUUGGUGCUUGUAGAAGUACACAGAAGAAGAGCAUUAUUGUCCACAAGAAGAUUUUUAACUUGCUCUGUAGAUCUUGUUUAGAUGCGCUAAAUAUUAUAUUAUUCUUUUCAAAUUUUAUUCUUUCCCUGCACAAAUCUUGGAACCAAAAAAUCUGUUUUGUGACUCUAAUGUAUCACAGCCAUAUUUAUGAUUAAUUUAAGAGGGCUGUGGUAUUGUGCCAAACAGACCGCACACCAAGAUUUAGCAGGAAGCAAAAACUACUGAAUACGCUUAAAAAAAGAGGAAAAAAAAAAGAAAGAAAGAAAAGAAGACAAGGUGACGUGUUUUUUGUUUUUUUUUAAGCGGGAAAAAAAGAUGAAUUAAAAACAAUCGAAAGUACAAGGGGAAAUGUUAUUGCUAGCUUUAUACAAAUCACGGCGUCACAGUAACACUUUAUUAUUAAUAAACAAAAGCAUUUGACUUUCACUUAAAGCUUGAAUUUUGCCAAAUGACGAAACGUUUGGUGCUGUAAUGCUUGUCGCAGAAUACUGGACCUACAGGCUAAAUAUGAUGUUUAUAAUCAUAAAGCUUAAACUGACUCAGUUAUACAUAUGUAAUCAGCUUAAACUAUAGAACACUGUUGUGCUACGGCGACUAUCAGGUAAGCUUUGCCAUUGUUUUUCAACUUUUAUUUGAUUUAUUGCACACACACACACACGCCAUUUUGUAGAACUACCGGCAGUACUUGUAAUUGAUGUUUUGAGGACCUAAGUGUAUAUCAAUACCUGUAUACGUUUGUUAAUAUUUGGUACUAAGUUAUAAAGUAAAUGCAGUGUGUGUGUGUGUGUGUGUGUGUGUGUGUGUGUAUAUAUAUAUAUACACACACACAUACAUAUACACACACAUACAUACACAUAUAUUUUGCAUCACUUGACCAUUGGUUUAGAGGAGAAAGAAGUGCAGAAAUUCGUGAUGUCUAAGUCUGAAAGAACUCCAUUUUUCAUGUGUAAAAGAUAUAGAAAAUGUCAUCGGUUUAAUUUGAUGUAAGUUUGUUUUUUUAUUUUUAGGUCUGCCAGGUAGAAAAACACUUUGUUCCACAAAAAGUGAAGCUCUAUGGCGCCUCAUAGACAUGCACUUACUUUUGUGUUCAUGAAAAUUAAUUUUCUUUUGUUUCUUCGCUUCCCCAAAAGCAGGUCUGAAUGGAACUAUAUAUACUGUUGUGUCUUUCUUCCAAUGCGCAACGUUUUUUUAUUAGACUUUUUGUUAUUUAAUAUUAUAUAUUGACUCCAAAAUGCAAUCAAGACUGUUAAUUUCUAUUUGUCCAACCAAAAUUGUUAUUUUUAAUUAUUGUUGAACUAUAAUGUAUGAGAAAAGCCAGGUGAAAACCUGCUUAGUGUAGAAAAUCCUUGCUCGUGUCUGUAAUUGUUAAGAUUUUUAAAUGUUUUUAUGCUACAGAAUCAUUCACUUUACUCUAGAUGCAUAUUUGUUUAAUUUUGUCCUUUCCACAGAUGUUUCCUUUCUCCUUUAUUUCAUUAAGCACAUAUUUUCUAAAGAAACAUGGAUUGUUUGCGGGUUAAAACCUUGGAACAGCAGUAUCUGUUCAUAUGCAGUGGAAUAUACAAUAUGUAAUGAAGUGCUAAUGAUACAGAAGAUUUGUAACCUCCCUUUACUCUCAGUGGAAGAAGAUAUAUUUUAAGUCAUAGAGAUAUCCAUCCUUUUUGUGUCACUUUUACCUUCAAAUCACUGUGGGAGGGGUUAUAUUAAGGAUAUAUAUAUAUAUAUAUAUAUAUGUGGAGAUUAUAUGAGAUCUAUAUAUAUAUAUAUGAAGAAUAUAUUAUUUAACUAGUGGAUUUACUUAUGGAACACAUUGACGGUCAGCUCCAAACCUCCUGGCGUGGUGGUUUAUUUCCGUGAACUUUAACCUUCCUCUAUCGCUCUCUGUUCACGCUGUGUGCUUGCUCAUCACACCAUUCUGUUGUCUUGUUUGUUCUUUUGAUACUAUUUACCAUCCUACUGAUUUUACUGUAAUGAAUGAAACUCAAAACUAUGAUGUAUCAUUUUAGAUUUUAUGCUGUAUUUGUUAUAUGGACAACAACAACAAAAAACACACAAAAAAAAACAAAGCAAAAACACUACAGAUGUAAAGCAGAGGUUUUUUUUCCCCCAGCUGUAUUUUUUUACGCUGUUGCAAAAGGUUGUAUUUUUCAAUUUCUCUCGAACUUUAACAGUGAUGCAAAACUCGGGCCACGCCUCGGUGCCCUCCGAACACAGAGCAAAUUCAGGUUACUCUUUUUACGUUUUUAUCGAAGGUUUUCAAAGAUGGAACUACAUUCUCCUUUUUUCUGUCUGAAUUGUACUACUGUUCCUCUCUAUACUACAUUUUAAGAAUAAAACUUUGAUAUUGCUUUAA